AUGGCCGCAGUCGUGACCGGAGCGAUGGGCACCCUCCUGCCCAAGCUCGCCAACCUGAUCACCAAGGAGUACAACCUUCACAAAGGUGUCAAAGGCGAGAUCAUGUUCCUCAAGGCCGAGAUGGAGCAUAUGCAGGCGGCUCUACUUAAGAUUUCUGAGGCGCCUAUUGACCAGCCACCGGACAUCCAAAUCAAGCUUUGGGCCAAGAAUGUGAGGGACCUGUCAUACGACCUUGAAGAUAACAUCGACAAGUUCAUGGUGCACAUCAAAACCCAUGGACAACCAGAGAAGUUGCACAACUUCAGAGAUUUCAUUGAUAAGUGCCUCAGCCUGCUGACCAAGGGCAAGAUUCGGCACAAGAUCGGCAUCGAUAUCAAAGACAUCAAGAGACGCAUCGAGGAGGUCAGGGAGCAGCGUGAUAGGUACAAGGUUGACAGUGUGGCCCCUGCCAAGCCAACUUGUCCAACUAUUGAUGCCCUUCGCCUAUCAACCUUGUAUAAAAAGGCCACGGAACUCGUUGGCAUUGACGAGAAGAGCCUUGAGGUAGUCAAUAUGCUAAAGGAGGGAGAUGAGGUUUCUGAGAAAGAGCUCAAGGUGGUUUCUAUUGUUGGAUUUGGUGGAUUAGGCAAGACAACCCUUGCCAAUGCAGUGUAUAAGAAGAUGAAAGGGCAAGUCGAUAUUCAAACACAAAAACCGCAAUUUGAUUGUGCGGCUUUUAUUUCAGUGUCUCUUAAUCCUAACUUGAAGCGGAUUUUCAAGAGCUUGCUCCAUCAACUUGACAAGCACACGUACCAGAACAUUAAUGAGGCAUCAUGGGGCGAAGAACAGCUCAUUAGUGAGAUAAGAUCAUUCCUAGAAAACAAGAGGUACUUGAUUGUAAUUGACGACAUAUGGGAUAAAUCCGUCUGGGAAAAUAUCAAGUUUGCACUGAUUGAGAAUGAAUAUGGAAGUAGAGUAAUCACAACAACUCGGGUUCUUGAUGUUGCCCAGCAAGCUGGUGGUGCAUAUCGGCUGAGACCUCUUUCCGUUGUCGACUCAAGAAAGUUGUUCUAUCAAAGAAUAUAUGAGAUGGAGAACAAGUCACCACGUAAUCACCUGGUGGAAGUAUCUAAGAGCAUUUUAAAAAGAUGUGGGGGGGUUCCCCUAGCUAUCCUUACGAUAGGUAGCUUGCUGUCCAGUAAAAAGGGAAGAGCACAUACACAUGAGUAUUGGUCCAAGGUGUACAAAUCCAUUGGUUCAGGGCUAGACAAUAGUCAUGAUGAUGUGAAGAACAUGAGGAGAAUAUUAUCUGUAAGUUACUCUGGCCUACCUCCACACCUAAAGACUUGUUUACUGCAUCUUAGUAUGUACCCUGAGGAUUAUGAGAUUGAAACAGAACAACUGAUUUGGAAAUGGGUGGGUGAAGGUUUUGUGAAAAAAGAACAGGGGAGGAACUUGUAUGAAGUUGGAGGGGAUUACUUGGAUGAGCUCAUUAAUAGAAGUUUUGUCCAACCUGUAUACUUUAAUAAUGCAAAUAAGGUGUGUUCUUGUCGCGUACACGAUAUGGUGCGUGACCUCAUCACUUCCUUGUCAAAUGAGGAGAAUUUCCUCACAACAGUAGGUGAUCAGCAUCCAGUGUAUCCACAUGGUAAGAUCCGCCGACUGUCCAUGCAGACCAACAUUGAAGAAGUUUCUAAUAGGCUGCCAACCAUAAGCUUGUCCUAUGUGAGGUCACUUACUGUGUCUAGUCCAACUUUCAGUUUGUUGCCAGCAAUUUUAGUUUUUCCAGUCUUACGCGUGUUGGAUUUAGCUGGUUGUGAGCAAGUGGACAACAACCAUUGGAAGGAUAUCUGCAAUUUGUUUCACCUAAGAUAUUUGUGUUUAAAGGGUACAUCUAUCACUAAGAUCCCGAAAGAGAUCGGGAAUCUACAAUUUCUGCAAGUGCUAGACAUAAGGUCCACCAGAAUAGCAGAAGAGCUGCCGUCAACCUUUAUUCGACUAACACAGCUUUUGUUAGUCCACAUGCUUGGUAGCAUAGCUGGCGCAGUGCCAAGGUGUAUGUACUCCAUGUCUUUCCUCGUGUCCCUAAGUAUAACAGUGAAAACGCUAGGAGACGAGGACCUUCAAGUUCUUGGGAGCAUACCAUCUCUGAGUGAACUAUACAUGCAUGUGGAGAAACCUACACACGGCAGAGAUAAACGGCUAGUCAUUGACAGUGGUUGCCCAUUUCCAUGUCUAACAAGCUUCAAUCUCACGAGUAACACCAUGGAGUUGAGAUUUGCACGAGGAGCCAUGCAAUGUCUCCAAACCCUUUGGUUAUGCUUUUAUGAUGUACACGACACAUUGCUUCAAUUUGGUGAUUUCUUAUUGGAUUUAGAGAAUCUCUCCUCAAUUAGUCAUAUUGGUUUUUAUUUCAUCAAAGACAACAAAAAGAUGCAGAAUGUGAGAUUAGCAGUUGAGAAAGAGAUCAAUUUGAACCUUAACAAGCCCAGACUGACAUGGUUCGUACUGGAACUAAUGACACAGGCAGCGAUUGAAUCUCAACUUCAGAGAUUCCAGAUUAGUAUAAUGAAGAGAAUCGAGGAGACGGUACAAGAAGUGGUGCGUAAGAGGAUGGAAUCAAUUGGUUCGGCAGAAGGUUCCCGGAGCUGA